AAAACAAAAGGCAACGAGUAAGCAAGAGAAAAGCCUGAAAAAAAGGCAGCAAAAAAACCAAUCGGAUUUUCCCGCCUUACCCGCAAAUUGUAGCGGCAACGAUUAUCACUGAAACCACACUGUUUUCCAUUUCCAGAUCUCGAUCAAUCGAUCCCAAAUUUAAAAAAAUGGUGAAAGCUUCAUCUUCAAAGAAACCACCCAUUGCUGAAACCCCAGAAGCCACUGAGCGUAGAAGACUGAAGAAAUUAGCUUUGAAGAACAACUUACUUUCCGACACACCGGCCGCCCCUAAAUCUUACGUUCCUCUUAGCCCAUCCAAACAAGUAAUCAAACACCAUGGCAGAGAUAUUCUCAGGAAAUCUCAAAGGAAAAACCGUUUCCUCUUCUCUUUCCCCGGUCUUCUUGCUCCUAUUUCUGGUGGCAAGAUUGGUGAGCUCAAGAAUUUGGGAUCAAAAAACCCUAUACUCUACCUUGAUUUUCCUCAGGGUCAAAUGAAGUUGUUUGGGACCAUUGUGUAUCCGAAGAAUAGGUAUUUGAGUUUGCUGUUCUCUCGUGGUGGAAAGAACGUUAUGUGCGAUGAUUACUUUGACAACAUGAUUGUAUUCUCUGAUGCAUGGUGGAUUGGAAAAAAAGAUGAGAACCCAGAUGAAGUGCGACUUGAUUUUCCAAAGGAACUGUUUGAGGGAGAGCAGAUGGAAUAUGACUUUAAAGGUGGUGCUGGGGUGACAUCUAUUAACAAGCAAGGCAUUCCAAGAACAGAAAUGAAACAGGCUGAUACGGAGUCCCUCGAUACUGAGUCUGAAGAUGCUUUAUCAGAUGAUGAAACCAGCUUGAAAGUAAAGAUGGAAGCGACACCAACUCGGCACUCUGCAAGAAAUGCUGGAAAAAGAUUCAAAUUUGCUGAGGCUUCUUCCGAGGAAGACACUGUCAGAAGUGAUGCUGAACCAUCGGAUGAAGAAGAAAAGAAAGUUGGCCUGAAACUUGAUUUCAGCGACAAUGAUAUCGUUGCAAAACCUAUUACUUCUGCCCCUGUGGUCCUUGGUUCUGAUGAUUCAGAAGAUAAUCAGGUCUCCAAACAAAUUCAAACUAACCUAAUUCCAGUGACCAAGUUUAAAAAAACAACCCAGACAACCGUUACAGUGCCUAAAUCUAAGGAAAAUUCAAACACAAGUCAUGGUUCACUUGUUCAAGCUACCAUAUCUACAUUGUUUAAGAAAGCAGAAGAAAAGGGACCAAGAAGUUCAGAUAAAUCUUCUCCCUCAAAAGUUUCUGGCAAGAAGUCGCAGUGUAAGAAUUCAGAAAAGAAGGUUGGUCAGAAUGAUGGAUCUAGUAAAAAGGGAAAAGUAAUUAAAGGAAGAACCAGUGGAGCAGGAACCAAAAGAAAGAAGGAAGAAUCUGAGGUCGAAGAUGACAUUGAAGAAAUCUCUAGCACAUCACAGGAUACUAAUGGAAGUGAUGAAGAUUGGACAACAUAAAAUUAUAUUACCACUAUGGUAAAUAUAAGGAAUAACAAAAGCAAAAUCAAGCAAGACACUUACUGAAGUGAUUAAGGAACAACAAUGAGAAAAAUCGACAAACUAUGACAAUGACGGUAUGUUUUCUGAGGGGAUCAGAUUUUCAAUUGAUAUGUAAAAUUAGUCAGUUAUGUUAGAAGUUUAGAUUUUUACAUUGAGUACAUUUGUCAUUAGUCCUUCACUUGGUUGCUUAUAUCAAAUAGAAAAAAGGGUAGCCUUUAGGAGAAACAUAAUAGUAACUUAUCAUGUUAAAUUAUGUUACUUCUGUCAAUCAACUUGAACUCAGGAUAGCUAUUUCUCGAAUCUUAGUAAAAGGCUGAACUUAAUAUCUCA